AUGGCCGACACAGCACGGAGGACCACUGCGGCCCCUGGCGGGAGGGGAAGCUUCAUGCUGGGCCAGAAGCUGCGACAAGCCGCGACGCGGGUCUAUCAGGUGCUGUCACAGGAGAAGCACGCGAUGAGUGACUCAGACGACGACUACGACUACGGCGCCCACGACCACGGCCUUGAUUUUGACAGCCUCCGCCUGGCGCUCGAGCUGAGCGUCGAGCAGCAGCUGCGCAACGGCUACGUGCUCGACCACCCCGCCGACACGUACGUCAACCCCACCACCACCCUCGACGGCGAUGACGUCAGCUGCUUCAUCGACGCCGAAGAGGCCGAAGCCGUGGCGGCGGCGCUGCGGGACGAGGCGCGGCUCCUGCGCGAGGCCCAGGACACCGAGUAUGCGCGGGCACUCGCCCAGGACCAGAUGCGCGAGCGGAGCCAUCAGCAACGCGAGGCCUGGCGCAAGCUUCAUCGGCGCGUGCAGAAGCAGCGGCUCCGCGCCCUGCAGGCGCGGGUUGUGCCCGAGCCCGUCGACCACGACUCGCGGGCCGGGGAGCAGACCACCUCUUCGCUGGUCCUGCGCUUCCCCGACGGCCGACGCGCCGAGCGCCGCUUCCGCGCGGCCGACCGCCUGGCCGACGUGCGCACCUACGUCGAAGCGCUGGCGCUCGAAGAGGAGCUGCGGCGGGCCAAGACAAGCGAAGGUGGAGGCGGCGAGAGCGGAGCCGAGACACAGCAGCGCGAGCUAAGCGCCGAUGAUGAGGUGGAGGCGAUCAUGGAUGAAGAUGACGACGAAGACACGCAGCAGCAGCACAGCCGCUUCCACCUGGUGUCGUCCUACCCGCGGCGACGACUGGCUGACCUGGGCCUCACCCUUCACGAGGCCGGGCUGUGCCCCAGCGGCGUCCUCUUUGUCCAGCCUGACGCCGAACUCUAG